AUGGCUUCCCCGCCCCACCAGCAGCUGCUGCAGCACCACAGCACCGAAGUGAGUUGCGACUCCAGCGGAGACAGCAACAGCGUGAGGGUCAAAAUCAACCCCAAGCAGCUGUCGUCCAACAUUCAUCCCAAACACUGCAAGUACAGCAUCUCCUCCAGCUGUAGCAGCUCCGGGGACUCCGGGGGUGUUCCCCGGAGAGUGGGCGCCGGAGGCCGCCUGCGCAGGCACAAGAAGCUGCCCCAGCUGUUCGAGAGGGCCUCCAGCCGCUGGUGGGACCCCAAGUUCGACUCGGUGAACCUGGAGGAGGCUUGUCUGGAGCGCUGCUUCCCGCAAACCCAGCGCCGCUUCCGGUACGCGCUGUUCUACAUCGGCUUUGCCUGCCUGCUCUGGAGCAUCUAUUUCGGGGUCCACAUGAGAUCCAAACUGAUUGUCAUGGUAGCCCCUGCUCUGUGCUUCCUCGUGGUGUGUGUGGGCUUUUUCCUGUUUACCUUCACCAAGCUGUAUGCCCGACGUUAUGUGUGGACCUCGCUGGUUUUCACCCUCCUGGUGUUCACUCUGACCCUGGCUGCCCAGUUUCAGGUUCUGACGCCUCUCUCAGGACGUGCUGACAGCUCCAAUCAUACUCCCGCAGCUAAGUCCACAGACACUUGCUUAUCUCAAGUGGGGAGCUUUUCCAUGUGCAUUGAAGUGCUCUUUUUGCUCUACACCGUCAUGCACUUACCUUUGUACUUGAGCUUGUUUUUGGGAGUGGCAUACUCUGUUCUUUUUGAGACCUUUGGUUAUCAUUUCCAAGAUGAAGACUGUUUCCCCUCCCCCGAAGCAGGGGCCCGGCACUGGGAGCUGCUGAGCCGAGCCCUACUCCAUGUCUGCAUUCACGCCAUUGGGAUCCACCUCUUCAUCAUGUCCCAGGUGAGAUCCAGGAGCACCUUCCUCAAGGUGGGACAGUCAAUUAUGCAUGGGAAGGAUCUGGAAGUGGAAAAAGCCCUGAAAGAGAGGAUGAUUCAUUCUGUGAUGCCAAGAAUCAUAGCUGAUGACUUGAUGAAACAGGGGGACGAGGAGAGUGAGAAUUCUGUGAAAAGGCACGCUACCUCCAGCCCCAAGAACAGGAAGAAAAAGUCUUCCAUACAGAAAGCGCCGAUCGCAUUCCGCCCGUUUAAGAUGCAGCAGAUUGAAGAGGUCAGUAUCUUGUUUGCAGACAUUGUGGGCUUCACCAAGAUGAGUGCCAACAAGUCUGCUCAUGCUCUGGUGGGUCUCCUCAACGAUCUGUUUGGUCGCUUCGACCGGUUAUGUGAAGAGACCAAGUGUGAGAAAAUCAGCACCCUGGGAGACUGCUACUACUGUGUGGCAGGGUGCCCCGAGCCCCGGGCCGACCAUGCCUACUGCUGCAUCGAAAUGGGCUUGGGCAUGAUAAAAGCCAUCGAGCACUUCUGCCAGGAGAAGAAAGAAAUGGUGAACAUGCGUGUCGGGGUUCACACGGGGACUGUCUUAUGUGGCAUCUUGGGCAUGAGGAGGUUUAAAUUCGACGUUUGGUCCAAUGACGUGAACCUGGCCAAUCUCAUGGAGCAGCUGGGCGUGGCUGGCAAGGUUCACAUUUCUGAGGCCACUGCAAAAUACCUGGAUGGUCGGUAUGAAAUGGAGGAUGGGCGAGUUACUGAACGCCUAGGCCCGAGCGUUGUUGUUGACCAGUUGAAAGGUUUGAAGACAUACCUGAUAGCGGGUAAGAGAGCGAAGGAGUCUCAUUGCAGCUGUUCAGAGGCCUUGCUUUCUGGCUUUGAGGUCAUUGACGGCUCACAGGUGUCCUCAGGUCCUAGGGCACAGGGGACAGCAUCACCAGGGAGUAUCAGUGACUUGGCGCAGACUGUCAAAACCUUUGAUAACCUUAAGACCUGCCCUUCAUGCAAAAUUACAUUUGCUCCCAAAUCGGAAGCUGUUGCAGAAGCAGGAGCAAUGCAAAAUGGCUGUCAGGAGGAGCAUAAAAAUAAAAACAAGGUUUCUGGAGGACAUAAUUCCAAAACACAGAACGGACUCCUGAGCCCUCCCCAAGAGGAGAAGCUUACCAACAGCCAGACCUCCCUGUGUGAGAUGUUACAGGAAAAGGGAAGGUGGGCAGGUGUCAGCCUGGACCAGUCUGCUCUCCUUCCACUGAGACUUAAGAACAUUCGGGAGAAAACAGACGCCCACUUUGUUGAUGUGAUCAAAGAAGACAGCCUGAUGAAAGAUUAUUUUUUUAAGCCACCCAUUAAUCAGUUCAGCUUGAACUUCCUGGAUCAGGAGCUAGAGCAAGCCUACAGGACCAGCUAUCAAGAAGAGGUUAUGAAGAAUUCUCCCGUGAAGACUUUUGCCAGUGCCACCUUCAGCUCCCUCCUGGAUGUGUUUCUGUCAACAACAGUGUUUCUGAUUCUCUCCAUCACCUGCUUCCUGAAGUACGGAGCCACUACCACACCUCCCCAGCCAGUCACCCUGGUGGUCUUCGGGGUGGCCCUGCUCCUGGAGGUGCUGUCCCUCAUGGUCUCCGUCAGGAUGGUGUUUUUCCUGGAGGAUGCGAUGGCUUGUACCAAGCGCCUGCUGGAGUGGAUAGCCGGCUGGCUCCCGCGCCAUUUCAUUGGGGCCAUCCUGGUGUCACUUCCCGCUCUCGCAGUCUAUUCACACAUCACUCCCGAAUUUGAGAUGAACAUCCAUUUCACCGUGUUCAUGGACUCGGCCAUCCUUGUCGCCGUGGUGCACUACUGCAACUUCUGCCAGUUCAGCUCCUGGAUGCGUUCCUCCUUGGCCACUGUCGUGGGGGCCGGGCCCCUGUUCCUGCUGUACGUCUCCCUGUGCCCGGACAGUUCCGAAGUAAUUUCCCACCAUGGUGCAGUACAGAAUUUCAGUUCCGAGAGAGACCCGUGCAGUAGUGCGUUGCCACCUGACAGCAGGAGACCGGUCAGCCUGAUUGGCCAGGAGGUGAUCCUCGCCUUCUUUCUCCUGCUCUUGUUGGUCUGGUUCCUGAACCGGGAAUUCGAAGUCAGCUACCGCCUUCACUACCACGGGGACGUGGAGGCCGACCUCCACCGCACCAAGAUCCAGAGCAUGAGGGACCAGGCGGACUGGCUGCUGAGGAACAUCAUCCCCUACCACGUGGCCGAGCAGCUGAAGGUGUCCCAGACCUACUCCAAGAACCACGACAACGGGGGCGUCAUCUUCGCCAGCAUCGUCAACUUCAGCGAGUUCUACGAGGAGAACUACGAGGGGGGCAAGGAGUGCUACCGGGUCCUCAACGAGCUCAUCGGCGACUUCGACGAGCUCCUGAGCAAGCCCGACUACAGCAGCAUCGAGAAGAUCAAGACCAUCGGGGCCACGUACAUGGCCGCCUCGGGGCUGAACGCCACGCAGUGCCAGGACGGCAGCCACCCGCAGGAGCACCUGCAGAUCCUGUUCGAGUUCGCCAAGGAGAUGAUGCGCGUGGUGGACGACUUCAACAACAACAUGCUCUGGUUCAACUUCAAGCUCCGGGUCGGCUUCAACCACGGGCCGCUGACGGCGGGCGUCAUCGGCACCACCAAGCUGCUGUACGACAUCUGGGGGGACACCGUCAACAUCGCCAGCCGGAUGGACACCACGGGGGUGGAGUGCCGCAUCCAGGUGAGCGAGGAGAGCUACCGCGUCCUCAGCAAGAUGGGCUACGACUUCGACUACCGGGGCACGGUGAACGUCAAGGGCAAAGGUCAGAUGAAGACCUACCUUUACCCGAAGUGCUCGGACAACGGCGUCGUGCCUCAGCACCAGCUGUCCAUCUCCCCGGACAUCCGCGUCCAGGUGGACGGCAGCAUCGGGCGGUCUCCCACCGACGAGAUUGCCAACCUGGUGCCUUCUGUACAGAACUUGGACAAGCCAUCUCUGGGUUCCGAGAACAGCGCCCAGGCCAAGGACCCCCACCUGUCUUCUAAGAGACCCUGGAAGGAGCCCGUGAGAGCCGAAGAGAGGUGUCGGUUCGGCAAAGCCAUAGAGAAGAGUGACUGUGAAGACACGGGGAUGGAAGAAGCCAACGAGCUCACCAAGCUCAACGUCUCCAAGAGUGUGUGA